AUGGGGAACAGAAGUUCAAAUAAUUAACAUUAAAAAAUUGGUCAUGAAGCUAAAUGCCCUAAUUGUGAUCGUAAGUUUGGGCCUUCUACCACAUAUAUCGUACUUAAUAGUCAUAUUGACCAUUGUUUAUAACAUUAAUAACCAAUAAAUAAUAUUGGAUUUCAAAUGCCUCAACCUUAAGUUUAAUUAGGAGAUAAUUACAUAUGGGUGAAAUAAAAUAAUCAAUGGAAAAGAGUUUAAUCAUAAGUUAAUGGAGGUUAGAUCUAAGUAACAUUUUCUAUUAAAAAAAAUAUAGAAUUUAAGUGUUCAAGAAAUUAAAAGUAGGUCUUUUCCUGAAAAAUAAAUGUGGUUUAAUCUUUAACUUGAAAAAUAUCGUAUUCCUUGGUAACUAGGAUCUGAUAAGUUGUGUGUCAACAUGAAUGAAUUACUAUAAUCAUCUCUCUUUUCAGCCAAAAGUGUUAAUUUUUAUAAAGAAGUUAAAGUAGUAUUUUAGAACGAUAAAGUUUAAGAUGCAGGUGGCUUAUUAAGAGAAUGGUUAACUUUAAUUUUUAAAGAAAUGUGCAAAGAUAUCUUUACAUUAACUGAAACUAAUGAUGUUACAUAUAAAAUUGCUAAGCAAAGUCCAUAUUUUGAUUUAGUUGGCUUAGCAAUUGCAAAAGCACUUUUUGAAAGAAUGACUAUCUGUGUUGAAUUUGACAGACCCUUAGUUAAAAAAUUACUUGAUUAAGAAAUCUCAUUUCAAGAUAUGUAAUAUUAUGACAAAGGUCUAUUUUUGAGUUGGAAAUAUUUACUUGAAAAUUAAUUUAAUGAAGAUGAAUUAUAAUAAUAUUUUAUCUUAUGUAAGGAUGAUGAAAUAAUUGAAUUAAAAUAAAAUGGAGCUGAUAUUUUAGUCACUAACUAAAACAAAUAAGAAUUUGUAGACUUAAGGUAAAAAUAAUAUUUUAAUAAUUAAGCAUUUAAUACUAUAGUGAAAAAAUGAUUUAAGAAUAGCUUUCUCAAAUUUAAAAUUCAUUAUACAAAUACAUUCCAAAAUAAUAUCUGAAUAUUUUUACAGCUGAAGAAUUUGAAAUGAUACUUUAUGGUGUUUCGGUUGUUGAUUUAGAUGAGUGGAAAUAACAUACGAUAUACAAAACACCAUAUUCUGAGAAUUCCCAAUAAAUUCAAUGGUUUUGGAAAAUAUUGUCUGAGUUCGAUUAAGAUUAAUUAAAAAAAUUUUUACAUUAUUGCACUGGUUCAUAUAGAAUUCCAGUUAAGUAUUUAAUUUAUCUUUGAAUUUUAUAGUGGUUUUAGUAAAUUAGAGUCAAAUAGAGGAAUGUAUUCAAAGUUUUAAAUAGUUCCUAUUGAUUAUAAAAAUACUAACUCUUUUCCAAUAGCUCACACUUGUUUCAAUAGACUUGAACUUCCUAAAUAUACAAGCGAAGAAAUGAUGAGAAAAUAUUUGAGAUCAAUAGUUCUUAAUGAUCUCGAAGGUGUUUUUGGUAUGGAAUGAAUAUAAAAAUA